CAAAUGCUACUGCUAUCCCUCAUCACCCAUGUGUACUUUCUCAUGGCCGUGUGGCUAGGGGUGUGUACCUGUGCCACCGUCAAUGCCAACCCUACCACCAUUUCCCUCGUGCCAUCUCCCACACCCUCCACCAUAGUCGAUAUUCUCUCGUCAGACGUCCAGUUUUCAACGUUUCUACGCAUAGCCCAGCGAGAAGGCUUAAUUCCGGUGCUAAAUUCGUUGCAGAACGUCACGUUGUUGGCCCCAGUGAACCUGGCGUUUGUUGACGGUCCUGAUCACAUUGACCACAACUACUUGUUGCGAUACAUCAUUAACCAGCGGUUUCGGGUGGGUUAUAUGGAGCCCAAGUCUGCUGUGUUCGAUACCUUGUAUGAGAUGGAUAACAAAACCUACACGGUACUGUUGUCGCCAAAUAUGGAGACUUUGGAGUUUGAGGUUGACCGAGUCGCGGCCAUAGUGGAAUCCGAUAUCUAUGCCAAACACCAGUGGUCGUUCAUUCAAGCCCUCGACCACCAGUUGCCACUUAAACCAAGCUUGUGUGAUGUGUUUUUGGACAACUCCACCAACAUUUUGAAUGGGCACAAUAUCUCUUUUGUGAAGGGUCUUUUCCAGCUGUUAUUCAAACUCGAGUUCUCCACCGUUGAUGCUUUAGUCAAAACUGACGAUAGGUACAAGAAGAUACCUCAGAGCUGUGAGAUUUUCUUGAAGAAUGCAGGUACCUUCUUUGUCCCUACCGACGAAAUGGUCAGAAGGUCGAUGUCUACCACAUUAAUGAGAUACUACUCUUCGUUGUACCAUGUUAUGCACAGUAGUCAGUUCACCACUACCGAUGAGGCAGUCUUGGAAAUCAAGUAUGAUCUCACCAACUUACUUGGUAGUUUGGCAAUUGACUCCAAAUUGAUGCCUGCUAAUGUGUCUGCCUCCAAAUGUCAAAGUAUCAAUAAGGCUGUCAAAUUCAAUGUUACUGUUGAUGACGAUAGCGUCAUUUUGAACCACAAACUUCGGAGCAACCUCAACACAUCCAUAGUUUUUGCAGAUGCAGUUAUGCACUUAUUUGACUAUGCUGAAGGAGAAGGGUUGUUCUUCGAAACUCUACAAGUCAAAGUGGCUGACAUGAUCCCAAGAAAGGCUCUUUUUGCCUUACAUUAUUCUGACUUUGUGAAGGAGUUGAAGUUCAGAUCCUUGCAGUAUUUGAUAAAUGGCUCCACAACCAACCAGACGUUGUUUUUGAGUCCUGGCCAAAGGGACGAUGUGAUGGAAGAAGAUUCCUUUUUCAUCGACUCUUUCUCCAAUAAAGAUGGACUCAAGUACCAGUUUGUCAAGCAGUCCAUCAAUAUCACCGAAAAGGUCUUCAAUAAUAAUGAGCAGUCUUAUUAUGGGCUGGCUGAAACAAACUUGUGCUCUAAGAGCCGAAUAGGUGGUUGUUUUCGAAUGAAAGUUUCCAGUAGUGUCGAUGCUCUGAAUCAUGAGAUUAUUACGUCUAUUAAUGACGACGCCAAUGUAAUUGAAGGUCCUAUAGAGAUGGGAAAUAAUAGUUUUGCUUAUAUGGUGAACGGGGAUAUCGAUACUCCCCAAUCUUUCAAGCACACCCUUACAGAUUUACUUUCAAAUGGGAAUUUACCAGGCCAUCUCCAGCAUAUUCAAAUCAACCAAGCCGAGUGCUUGAAGACCAUCCAGUUCUUAAAAGCACAUGAUCUUUUAAGUUUCAAAGACAACAAAUUGGGGUAUACAGCAUUCUUACCAUGUGGGAUCCCCAUAUUAGACGACAGUACCGCUUUCGACAGAAGAGGAUCAUGGGAAAGCUUGGGUCUAAGAUUGAACUACUUGGAGAAGAACCCCAAGAUCUUCAAGAAGAUCUUGAGAGGUAUUUUUGUGGAAGGUACUAUUUAUUCAGACUUCGGUCUUGAUAACCUUACUCAACAAAUCAACACAACGACGUUGCAGGGAGAUUCUCUCAUAAUCAACAACCAGUUUUAUGAUGGUGACUAUAACCAUCUUUUAAGAAUUAAUGGCACCUUAUUCCAUUUACCCUUAAACUCCGACCUCUUGUUUAAUCAGGGAGUCAUCCAUAUUGUUAGUAAACUAUUACUACCAUCAACAUUCGAAGUUCCUUUUGUGGGCUUGAUCAAAGCUACAGAGGAUGACACCUCAUGGAUAUCAUUCAUGGAUUUAAUCGAAAAAUUUCCAAAACUUUACGACGCAUUAGUCACAGACAAUCCCAAAGACCUGAACUAUUCCAUGUUGGUUCCCUCUUCUGAAUCUAUGAAACUUUAUAAUGUUUCUGCUAGCUUGACCAAUUUAUUUGAGUUUCUCGAUGCCCAUUUGAUACCAAACUCAGAGCUACCAAAAAUCUUCAAUUGCAUUUAUGGAAACCAUGACAAUCAGACGUUCACCGAGGACAGUGACAUACACUCAAACAGCUCGCUUCUUUCCUUCUCAUGCAAGCAAGACAGCCAUGGGAAACUUGUGUUUGACGUCAAUGACAAAUCUGGUGCUAAAACUGGACACAAGCUCAAGAUUUUAAGUCAUGGUUGUACAUCGAAUGACCGAACUGAAGGAUACAGUUCAUGCGUUUUCCUUAUUGAUAAGCCCAUCAACUUGAAGUGGUUUGAAAAUGAUGGGUUCCUUCAUCUUCACCUUGGAUUCAUCAGUGUAGGUGUUGGAAUCAUCUUAGGAUUAAUGUUUUUCUCAAUUCUCCUAUUCAUGGUAAUGUUCUGUUUGAGUGGAAAAUCAGAUGACACGCCCAAGAAUCCCUUUGAGCCUUACCAAGAAGGUGGCUAUAUGAGGAUAAGCGAUUUAGAUGAGGACCCCAGUCAUAAUUACGAUGGAGGAUACGAAACUGAUGAUGAUAUGCUUAAUGAAAGAGAUCACCUUAUCCCCCAAAACUCCCAAAAAUUGUUCCAAAGAGCUGGCUCGUUGAACGCCUCCGACUAUGGGGCCACCAAACCAAGAACAAUACCUAGGUAUACUAAUGGUACCCAAAGCACUCAAGCAUUAAAUAGAAAAAGAAACCUCCCCGAAGUGUAGCAUCUAUUAAUACAUACAUAUAUUAUACCAUACUAUAUUUACGCCUUAUUGGAGUCUUCCACAAACUUAGAAACACGGGGGAUGUUGUCCUGGGCCAAACCAGUGAUCACCCCAUCAAUAUCCUCUCUUCUCAUCUUCUGUUCAAACUUGAACUUUCCCUCGAUCUUGGUGAUUUCAAUCUCGAGGCCAAUUAUGGCUUUCUGCAUAAUCUUAUAAUACUUUUCCGGGGCUUCAUCAAUAGCCCACGGCUUUUCUCUACCAGCCUCUUCUUGGUCGGUCAACGACUCGUGCUGCUUUUUGAUAAAAUCGAAAUCAUCAAUUAAGGUGGAACUACCAUAGCAAUGAACGGCUGCGAAAAGCCAGGUAGGAACCACUUUAUGAGUCUCUUCUUUGGUUUUAUAGUAACUUGGAGUGACAUACGCAUCAGAUGACAGAAACACCACACAAACCUUGUCGUUAUCCUUUAAAGAAGGCAAUUGGUGAUUGACUUUAGCUAAGUGGGCUUGAAGGAUUUUUUUCCCGUCCCGCUCGACCAAAUUAAAAGGGAUAUGAUUUGCGAUGAUGCCAUCUUCUGUGGAUGUUAUCAAUACCGCCAAUGGGUACUCUUUAAUGAUGGAUUUUUGUUGUUCCCAUUCAGGAGCAUCAUAUUUGUCUGGAAUAUACAUUGCCAGGAGUGAAAAUUAAGAUGAGAGGAACAACAAUUAUUAAUAAGUGUAGUGCGAUUGGCUUGUUGGACCUUCCGCAUAAGGUAAUAAGCGACAGGGGAAUUCUUUCCUGUUUCUCGAUAAGCUUUCCGAUAGGAUAUGGAAGUUGGUAAUUUAAGUGCCAGUUGUGUGCUGGCAAGUAAGUGAUGUUCUCUAGCUGUAACCACAAAUUGGAUCGCUUAAACCCACUGUCCAAGUAUAUGGCCCUAAAAUGAGAAGGAGGAGCACGAAACUGACUGUUAUUGAAACACUUGAAUAAAGAUAUGAUUCUUUUGGUCCAAGUGAGAACAACUCACUAACGAAUGUACUAAUGGUUGUAAGGGCUCCACAUAAUCCAUCUUGUAGGCCUGAAAGGGCUUGACAUCCUAUAUAACUGGUUAUUAAUCCGGAGUGGUCAGACUUGGAAACGCGAGCUCUUGUGAGGAGAGCAAAGACUGCAAUUAGUAUUGAUCCCGUCACGUUGGCAGUAAAUGUACCAUAUGGAAACUUGGGACGGUUGAGUUUUCCUAGAUGGAAUCUCAAGAGUGCCCCCAUGGGGGAAAAUAAAAUCAAAAACACCCAUGCUCUCCAUGAGUCAUAUAACGGGUUGAUAGCGAGUAACACCACCGUGAUAACUGGCAUUGCUGCUCCUAAAACUGCUCCUAUGUACGAUAGUGGCUCGUGGUGCUGUUCAUUUAACGGGUACAUUGGGGACAAGUGCAACCCGAAGUGAUAUCCUAGAAUUGAUACCCCCAUUUCCACUAGAAGAACUGACAAAAACUGUAGUACUCCAUAUCCUUUGGUCGGGAGAUCGUAUCUGAUACCCACGGACACAUUGGCAGAGCUGUAGAACAACUCUAGUACAAGGGCCGAAAAUGACGAGAGGGUUCCGCAGAAUCCAGUGGAAACUCCUAUGAUGAACGGAGUCUUCUUGACUUUGGAAACAGUUCCUAGUACUAAACACGCAGCAAAAUUGGCCCAAAGCGCAUUAUAAGGGAUUGCACCAUCAUAGUCUGUGAGAAUCCCGAGCCCUUUCCGAGCAAGCCCUCCCCAGAUAGAUGCUUGGAUGAUAUUAAGAUGGAUAAUGAUUGUUUGUUGAUACUUCAUGCAAUGGAUGUGUGGGAGGUAUUUGUCGAUGACCUUAUGGCCAGGUCUCUGGAGGAUUCAAGGUGAUAGUGAAGGAUUAAUAUCCACGUUAUAGUACAAAUGAGGGAAUGUCAGGCACUGUAAGGCCGAGUAUGAGAAGUAAGAGAGAUGCGAUGGUGAAUGCCAAUAAUGCGAAUGC